GUUUGAUGUAUUGCCUAUUACAGGCCUAUUACAACACGGAUGUAUUCCUCAUUUUCUCUGCUUCAACAACGAUUAGCCAAUCCGUUUCAAAAGUAAGGAUUAGCUAAUCGUUUCUGUUUUACCCUCCCCAGCCAAAAUCUGCUGCUCCACCCCACCCUCUCCCUCCCAACAUCAACAGCAGUUUUCUUCGAACCAAAUCUCCACCGUCUCGCGUUUGGGAAGUGAGAAAGUGCGAGAAAAAUGAGCAGACCGGGGAAGAAAGUCGUCGAUGUCGUGUUCAAAGCAUCAAAGAACAUUGAUUGGGAAGGGAUGGCUAAGCUUUUGGUCUCCGAUGAGGCUCGCAAAGAGUUCGCUACUCUUCGUCGCACUUUUGAUGAAGUUAACUCUACUUUACAAACCAAAUUCAGCCAGCCAACUUGUGAAACGGUCAUGAAUUGGUUAUCUUCUGGUGGAGUUACAGAGUUGUUACCUGAAGCAAAUGUACAGCCCAAUGAGAGAUUCAUGGUGAUGCGGGAAGUUAGUCCAUUGCCUAUUUCACUGUUAUCUGGCUUUUCAAUGAAUCUUUAUUUGAAGUUGGUCUUUCAAAUGGAAGAAUCUUUAUUUGCUGGGCAGGUUGUUCCUAGUAUUGCUAUGGUUGAAACAUACACCAGAUUGUUGCUCAUUGCACCUCAUUCGUUAUUUUGUUCGCACUUCAGUCAUUUGGCACAGAGGAAUGCUUCUUUAUUGAGCAAGCCUGCGGUGACACUUCUGGUGCUUGAAAUUGUCAACUAUCGUCUGCUUCCACCGUACAGGUGUAGAGAUCCCCAAGUUUGUUGACACCGUCACUCCUCAAUACAAACCAAAAUUUGAUGAAUUGGUGAGAAUCAACAGGAUAAUUGACUCUCUUUUACCCUGUCUCCAAGUUUUUUCCUCGAAUGAUGUGCUAUUUAUUUGUGGUUAUAGCUUGUAGAAUUGAAAGAGGCAGAGGAGAAAUCCUUGAAAGAGUCUGAGCGAUUGGAGAAAGAAAUUGCCGAGGUUCAAGAACUUAAGAUCAGCACCAUGACCGCAGACGAGUACUUUGAGAAACAUCCAGAGCUUAAAAAGAAAUUCGA